GAAACGAGUGGGAUCGUGUUUCGAAGUCGUUCCCCGAGGGUUUCCCGCCAAAUAGCGCAACCCGGGACGCGUACCCCACCUCCCCCCUCCGUACCCGAUCCCGUGCCAUGUGUGCCCCCAGACCGCCCUCGGCUAAACUACCGAUGGAUCCUGGAAGCGGAAGAAAGGUCGGUGAGAUCUUCACCGCCGCUGGGGCGGCUUUUAACAAGCUCGGGGAACUCACGAUGCAACUGCAUCCCACCACGGACUCGCCUGCCGGUAAAUGGACUGACGAGGAAAUUGAGAUGCUCCGUCACUCGGUGAAGACGUUCAGCGAAGACUUAAACAAAAUAAGUGAGCACAUCAAGGGAAGAACGGUCUCUCAAAUAAGAACGACAUUGAAGAAAAAGGCCUUUGAGGAGGCAGGCGUCCCGAUCAGGCAGCAACAAGUAUUGACGCAACAACAGUCUAUCCAACAGAGCUCUGUCCAACAACAGCAAGUACAGAAACAACAGCAACAAGCUGGGAAUCAAGGCUUAAUGGGCAAAUCUGCGGAAGUUACAUUAAAUAUGCUCAACGCGCCAGAGUCCGAGGUCGAUGUCGAAGGACUGCCUGAAGAAUGUCAAGUGAAAUUGGAGUUCGAAGGGGCAACGGAGGAAGUUGCUUCGUAAUUUUAAUUGUGAAUAAAUUAUAUUGUAUAAAUUCCUUGUCAUAUCUCUAACUGUAAGUUUUCAUUGUUAGCCUUAGUUUGUAACUUUUCCAAAUAAAAGUUUAAGAAAGGUUUUCGUAA